AUGUCUGUCUCUCCUGCCCAGCCUUUAACUUCGCCCUCUUGCUCUGCAACGAGGUGUAUUUGGAGCUUGGGUAGUAUCGAUCCAUUUGAGCGCUGUGCAAGCUUUGAAAGCCGCGCUAUUUGGGUCCAAUUGAUCGAUUUCCUCAAUUCGAUCGAUGCCUUCUCACGCCAGUCACAGAUUUUAAUGGCCAUUGCCCUGAAACGUGUCUUGAAUGCGCUUCUCGAGAUGACCUAG